AUGGACGCCCUUACGACUCCUCGACAUGAGCACGCGCUAUCAGAGGCGGGAGCUGUGCACCAUGUAUUGGAGGCGCCGGUGUACCGCUACUACGGCGCCAACCCUACGGCCAGCCCUCCAUCACGCCCAAAGACUGUCGAAGCAAAGCAAUGGGAUCUGGCCACCACCGACGCCCUCGGUAGAACCAUCUCUGCGUCCUCGACCACCGCCUCGACUGGCCCACGCCCUCACCCCACCAUGGACAUCACCAGGGGCUCCAUGUCGAGCAACUCGACCCUGAGUACCAAGGACGACGGCACCACCCCCAACGAACCCUUCAUCCUGCGCCAUGGCCGCAGAUACAUCCGACGCGCUCAAGGCUACCCGCUGCCAUGCGAUCUUCCCGAACUCCACCGCCAGAAUCUACAGACGCUUCUUGCCACGGCCGUCUUCGGGAGGGCCCUGGGCUCGACCCCAUCACACGCCCCGAAAAAAGUCUUGGAAGUCGCGUGCGGCACAGGAUACUGGUCGGCUGUCUGUCACGAAUGGUUGAGUGGUCAGGGCUACGAAGAUGUUUCUUUUACCGGACUGGACAUUGUCCAUGUAGCCGGAGACUUGCAGCGCCAGGGCAUUGACUGGAAAUUUAUGCAGCAUGACUUGCGCAAAUUGCCACUGCCGUUUGACGAUGAAGAGUUUGACAUUGUAGUCAUGAAAGAUAUGAGCAUGGUAGUCCCCUUGGGGCCGCCAACACAAAGGACGCUUGACGAGUGCAUCCGCAUUCUCAAGUCUGGCGGCACGCUAGAGAUGUGGGAGACUGAUCACAUUAUCCGUUCCAUCAUGCCUCAUCCUCCGCCUCCGCCAGGCAAGAAUCCCCAGGAUUAUGCCUGUGCCGUAUCGACUGGAACGUUUCUUAUUUCACACACGACGCCCUUCACCGACGUCCAGAACAAGUACCUCCAAGAUGCAAAUGCGUGGAUCCAAGAAGCCCUGGGCCGACGCAAACUCUCUCCCGCCCCGUGUUCGCGCAUCUCUCAGAUAUUGCUCCAGGAGACGGAGACACUGUGCGAGGUAGAAAACCGCCGGGUGGCGAUUCCGCUUGGCGAGCCGCGCUGGGAACGCGAGGCAGCUGGCGAUACAAUGAAGCGACGAGGGAGUGAGGCUGGGAAGCUCAAGAUGGGCGGGUCAACCAUGGACGGCUCUACCCUGACGCAGGAACAAGCGGCCCUGCGGCACACAGCGCUCCUUGUUGUUAUUCAAUUGAUUGAAAGCCUCGAGCCGCUGCUCAAGGAUGUCAGCGGCAAGAAUCAGGAGGAAUGGCAGCGCUACUGGAAUUCCAUGAUCAACGACCUGCUCGAGCAAAAAGGAGCCUCAAGUGGCGAGUGUCUUGAAAUUGGAAUCUGGUGGUGCAAAAAGGUUUGAGAUUUGAUUGGCGUUACCUCUGUUUUCUUGAGCUUUUUUUUCUCUUUUUUCUGUGAUAUCCCGGUCUACGGCAGGCCAUCGUUGGCAGAUGUUAGUUCGUGUUUGUCAGUGGCUAGGCACCUGUAUCGUAGCGCUGGCGCAGAGUACGAUAACGCUUGAGAUAGUAUCUGUACUAUGUCGUCA